CAGCAUCGAACUCCCCACGCUCGCUUUCAUCCCUCCGCUCCUCAGUGUCCGACUCGCCUCUCGAACCCACACCAUGGAGAGUGACGGAAUCCUUCGAUAUCCUCCUGGCUUUCGCUGGGCCAACAUCCUGGCAUCCGGCAUUUCAGGUCUAAUACUUCUCGACGAGGCCUCGCAAACCGUUGUUAAGUACUCCCUUGAUUGGGCUAAAGACAAUAUCGACGUGGAACGGCGCAUUUACGAACGCUUCAAGGAACAUGGCGGACACAAGAACAUCGUGCGAUACCUCGGUCCCUAUGACAUUGGUAUUCGCCUUGAGUAUAUUCGCAUCUUCGAUUUCAAGGGUUAUAUUCGCACGAACAAAGUCGACUACGAGCAGAAGAUCCAAUGGGCGGAACAAAUCAUCAGCGCGCUCUGUUUCGUGCAUGCAAGGGGGGUGGUCCAUGGUAACCUAAACCUAUUCAAUAUCCUGCUAGAUGAAAACCUCAAUGCGAAAGUUGCGGACUUUGCCGGCUCCUCUCUAGAUAGAUCUCCACUGCUUGUCGUGGUCACAGAGAGCUAUAGGAGACCCGGAGAUACUUGUUGCAUUAAGGCUGAUAUUUUCGCAUUUGGUUCUACGGUAUACAACAUCGUAACAGGCCAGAGCCCGUAUCAUGAUCUUUCUGAUUGCGAGAUCGACAGGCGCUUCGAGCGUGGGGAAUUUCCGGAAACAGAUUCCCUCGGGCCGCUCGGGAAGAUCAUUUCCAAGUGCUGGCGCGACGAGUACCCAGACGCAACGAGUAUUCAUAAGGAAAUUAAAGGUAUGUAACAAUCCUCAACCUAAAACCAGCGCUUCUCACACUAAUGAGCUAUUUCCGCGCGUC